UAAUUCCCGGAUGUCAAAGACCGAAGAUUACAGAGAACGGCCGAUCAGGCAGGAUGGCAGCCCAAAAGUUCCUGUUCUCACACAAAACUCUCCGCUUUAUGCUCAUUCUAGCCGUCUCUUGGACUGUAAAAGCUACAGAUCGUGACCAACUCGAAUGGCAGAGCCUGCAGGGCCGGGCCCGCCAGCUGGGGAAGUUGAGGCACUACCAGGAGGUGGAGGCGUACAGGGUGGGGGGGAGACACAGACGGGACGUCAACACGUUAACACAGCGUGGUCAUGUGUUACAAGGUGUCUUCAAGGUCAAAGGGUUCAACAUGGCGCUAACGUUAGAUGUCAGAUUAAACAGGAACCUGUUUGGGAAGCAGUACUUUGAGAAAUAUUACCUGCCUGAUGGCACACCUGUGGUAGAACGGCCCAGUCGACAGAACCACUGCCAUUACCACGGUACAGUGCGCGGGGAGGAAGGGUCGACGGUGGCGCUCAGCACGUGUAACGGGCUCAGUGGGGUGGUCCACCUGGCUAACCAGACGUUCUACAUCGAACCCCUGCAGAACUCAACAGAACAACAUAUCAUGUACAGAACCACAGAUAUCAACAUGCCCAGGAGAUUCUGUGGACAGGACAGUGUGCCCGAACCAGUAGAAAUUGACUUUGCUACAGAGAAAAAAAGAGUAGAGAACGUAAGGAUGCGGAGGCAGGCGAUGGAGUCCAGGGCAGAGACCAAGUAUGUGGAGCUCAUCAUGGUUGCAGACAACAUGGAGUACCAGAAGUAUGAGAGUAACAGGCAGGCAGUGCUGGACAGACUACAGGAAGCUGCUAACAUCGCUGACUCGAUCUACAAGACCAUCAACAUGCGGGUGGCACUGAUGGGUAUUGAGGUGUGGACCAGUGGGAACCCCAUCGACGUCACCGCUGUCGCCUCUGAAACCAUGUACAGGUUCCUGGACUGGCGCCGGGACAACCUUCUGCCGGACAACCCUGACAACGACAACGCACAGCUCAUCACAGGCAUCACCUUCCAGGGCAGCACAGUGGGCAUGGCCCCCCUCUCCAGCAUGUGUUCCUCCGGCAGGUCCGGGGGUGUGGAUGAGGACCAUGGGAUCCAUGCGGCAGCUGUGGCGUCCACGAUGGCACAUGAGAUGGGUCACAACCUGGGCAUGAACCACGACACGAGCGACCGCGGCUGCGCUUGUAGCGCCAGCUACCAGGAGGGGGGCUGUGUGAUGGAACCUGCAGCAGGGUCCCAGCCGGCAGCAGUGUUCUCCUCCUGUAGCUCUACAGACCUGCAGAACGCCCUGCUGAAGGGCGUGGGAGCGUGCUUGUACAACCUGCCCGACCCUGACCAGCUGUACGGCGGUCCCGUGUGCGGGAACGGCUACCUGGAGGAGGGAGAGGAUUGCGACUGCGGGACCGUGGAUGAGUGUACUAGCCCAUGCUGUGACCCUAGCACCUGUACCCUACAUGAGAACGCCACCUGUGCCAUUGGGCUGUGCUGCGAGGGCUGUCAGCUGGUGUCAGCAGGAACCCUCUGUAGGGACGACCUUGGAGAUUGUGACCUUCCCGAGUACUGCACAGGAACCUCCCCACAUUGUCCUCCCAACGUGUUCAUACAGGAUGGGUAUGACUGUUUGUAUGAGGAGGGUUACUGUUUCAAUGGAGCCUGCCUGACCCACGAGGCACAGUGCAAGGAGACAUGGGGGGAAGCUGGAGAGGUAGCAGAGGAUGUGUGCUACAGUCUCAUCAACACCAAAGGAGACGUGUACGGCAACUGUGGGAAGGAUGAGAACGACCAGUAUAUUCCAUGUUCUGAAAUUGACAUCAAGUGUGGAAAGCUGCAGUGCCAGGGUGGGACAGUGUACCCCAUCAUUGGUUCUAAUGCUGCCACCAUCGAGAGUAAGAUCCCAUGGGAGGGGGAGAUGAUCACGUGCAGAGGUGCGUACAUCGAUCUCGGAGAUGACAUGCCCGAUCCCGGACUGGUCCUGACUGGGACAAAAUGUGGGGAAGGCAAGAUCUGUUACAACCGGCAAUGCCAGGAAAUGAGGAUUGUGGACAUCGGCAUUAAACCCUGCAACUGUAGUGGCCAUGGGGUGUGUAACGAGUACAAUAUGUGCCACUGUGACCAGGGGUACAUUCCCCCCACCUGUAACAUCACUCUGGAGGAUGUCUGUGAGGUGAACCCAGAGUGUCAGUGGUGUCUGGACCAAUAUGUGCCGUCCUCCUGCCCUGUUGUAUGCAACAGUAACCACCACUGUCACUGCGACCCUGGCUGGGCCCCGCCCUACUGUAACAUCACCGGCCAUGGCGGCAGUGUGGACAGCGGCCCAGUACAGCCUACUCACAGAGACAAGACUCUGACGAUUGUGCUGCUGGUCCUGUUCCUCUUCAUCUUCCCUGCCACUGGCAUCAGCAUCUUCCUCUGCUGGUUCUUCAGAGACAAGAUCAGGGCCAAGAUUCAAAACUACAAGGGCAAGAAGUACAAGGAACCGGGGACAAGAGAAGGCCCAUCUCGUCCUAGUGUCAAAUUUAACAACAAAAGGGCAAACAUCACUGGGCCCACAUACACCAUACCCACUGCACCACCCAACAGGCCCCCUCCCCCAAGGUCUUCUGUGCCAAAACAGACCAAAGGUCAGGUCACAAAAGGUCAGGUUUUACAGGCCCCCAAGUCUGACACAUCUUGGUUGAGACCGUCACUCCAUCCUGUGAAACCGCCUGGCAAAAACACAGGGCCACCAGCCAGUUGCCCUCCACCACCUAAAGGUCCAGUGUCACGCCCCCCACCUCCAGGCCAGGGGUCACGACCCCCACCGCCAUCUUCCAAACCUCCGGGUCAAGUGUCAAGACCUCCACCACCAUCAUCCAAGCCCCCAGUUCAAGGGUCACGACCUCCUCAGCCAGCUCCACCACCUCCAGGUCAAGGGUCACGACCUCCACAACCGGCUCCACCCCUACCAGCAGCGUCCUUGCCUCUAGCACCCAAACUCCCCUCCACUGUGAUACCACCCAGCUCCAGGCCGCCCCCACCCAGGCAGGCUCCUCCCCCUAAACCAGCAGCAGACAAACCACAGGUACCAAAUAAGCCAGGUGUGCCGUCCAGACCUGUCUACCUGAAGGCUACACCUGACGUAGCUGUCUCCCACCCAAAAAAGCUGGCCAACAGGUGGCCCCCGCCUUCUCAAGACGAAUCAAUGGCGUAACAUUGUGUACUUUACCAAGACAAGUUUUCUGUGUGUCUACCUUGUUAGUAACCCCCAAAAUUUACAGGUUAAGGAAUGUGUGUGUCCUCCUACUUAUUUUGUAAUAUUAUAUCAAUAUGAAAUGUACAGUCUUUGUCUUUUAACAUGGAGAUAAUGUUUUCAUGUGGUGCAAUCUGUGGUCCAUAGAAAAUCUGGCUCUUGAGGAUAAGAUCAGUAAAUGUACAGUCAUGUACAUGAAUGUCUGUCCAUGUAAAUGCAGUUUUAUCAUUACAUGUAUAAAACUGAUAAUUCUGCUACUUUAACUUCUUUAGCAAAUGAAGAUCGUAGUGAAGAAACCUCACAACCUAUACAUCAAUAGAAAUCACAAGGCUGUAUAUUUCAAAUCAUAAAAAAUAGAAUGAAAAACAUAUACCUUAUCUUUUAUUACUGAUAAUCUGGCAGCAUUUACAUGUAUUGUCCUUUUGUCUGUAUUUUGAUUGACAGCUUUUAUACUUGCCAGAUUAUAUUAAUGAAAUGUGUAUAAAAAGUUUGUGUUUUUUUAAAAUGUUAAUCUGAUAUGUUCUGACCACACUGCCCAGUAUGUCUGACAAAACUUACAUUUUUCAGGCCACACAAACUGUGAACUUUAUCUCAUAGAUGACAUUUGAGAAUGCCAGCUUGCUGCAAACAAGUUGUGGCAAACAAGAAAGAAAGAAGUCAGGUUGAGUCCAAGACAAUAUAUAGAAUUCUUACAUGGCAAAACAAACUGAUUUACUUUCAAGUUGUUUUUUAAGCCUGUCACAAAUUCAGGAACUUUAGUGAGGACUUUGCUCUUGACCACUCCCCAACCAAGGUCAGCACUGGGUCCGGAGUAGCCUGGAAUCUAUCCUAUUCUAGCUACAGUCCACUCGCAGUUCCAUGAUCACAUUCAGGAAAAAAGAUUUAGUGUUGACUGGUGAAGUUGGCAACCAACCACCUCUCUGGUGACCUUAUCCCAACCCUGGUCUAUUGACGGUACCCAGAUGUCAUAUAUGAAAUAAAGUCAAAUGUGUGAGCUAAUUCUGGCUGCAUUUGUCUGGCUGAUUCAGCUUCCAGCUGCUACAAAGGCGAAGUUGUUACUUGACUUUGAAUGUGCACAUUUCAAGGGGUAGUAACGUUUUAACAUGUUAAGAUGAAGAAAACCUCAAUUGACUAUAUUGUAAUGUGUAAUUACAUAAAUAUGUGAUUUCUGUUGUUUUCUGUACAUUUUGGUUUUUACAAUAAUUUCUUAUUAGAUGUACCUUGUAUUUCAUUUGGAAAGGGAGUUAAACAUGGACAUCUAACAUUUUUUAAAUUGAUUUAUUUACACAGCUUUUCAGAAUACCUAGGAUCUUGGUGCAUUCAGUUUGUUUUGCUGCUUUAGACAGGUCCAAGUAGGUUAGUGAAAAAUUCAGUACAUGUGCUUAUGAUAAGCAUUGCUUUUGCAUGAUGUUGGUGUAAAUGUAUAUUUCUUGAAAAUUUGAAAGUUAUGUUUUGUUGCAUGCAAUUUUUUGGUAAUCUAUUUUUGUGGAAAGUUAAUCAGGAAUUGCUCUUUAGCAUAAAAACUUCUCAAUGUUUCUAAUUUCAGCUGCAAUGUAAUCUUGGAAUACUAUGCUUUGGUUUGGUUUGGUUUGAAACAAGGCAACGUGUAAAGAUUUUAUGAAGACUAACUUGUACAAAACACUGUCUAUAUAGCAAUAUGUCUGAUGCAAUUUGAUAACGACAAUCAGUAUGUGGAAAAUGUGUAAAUUUUUCUCAAUUUUGUACAGUAAGAACAGGAAGGCUUCAUUGUUUCUUAGUACAAGAAACAGGUAAGAAAUAUUCAAGUGAAUGUACAAAGAUAGCAGCUGGAAUUUGCAUGGUAGUAAUUGUGAUUCGUAUCAGUGUUUGAGGAUCAUGUACUGUAUUAAUGUGCAGAAGGCAGGAAGCAGGCAAGAAAAAAUUUUAAUUGAAUUAUACCUCAAUCCUGGCCAUGGGUCUUGAAUAUGAAUUCAUAUAAAUUCUGCUUAUAUAAAUGAGACUUGUUUGUAUCUCUUUUGUCAAAGGAAUUAUCUGAUUGUAUUUGCUCUGGACCACUUCCUUUUGAUUUACAAAUGCAUAGUACAUUAUUUUGCAGUUAGCUCCAAAUGAUUACAUGCUGGCCACACAAACCUGACUAUAGUGAUGAUAUGAAAGGAUCGACACCUCGGUUAAAGCCUUAUUCGUCCCCAAAAAAUUUUUUUGCCAGUUUUGACAUCAGAUUUAUAGGGAUGUCAGCAGUUGUUGACUAUGUUACCAAAAUGAUUUGCUAACUGCUAAUGAAAUAGCUGCAAAAUGAUUUAUGAAGAUGUCAAAAUGUUGCUGAGUCUUUAUAAAAUGACUGUUGUGAAAUGUAUUGCAAAACCUGUAAUUGCAUCAAAUUUUGUAUCUGCUGAAGAUGUCUUCUAUAAAGUGGAGUUCGUGUGGCCUCGUACUUGUACUGUACAUGUCUGUGUUAGGCAAAAGCAGCUGUGAGAGUAUUAUAAUGAAACCUGCUGCUGAGACAGUUGGAUCCUGACAUGGUCCUAGUGCCUUCUACAUGACAUUUUUUACCACUUCAGAUACAAGGCACCUCAACAAGAGAUUAAGAAAAACUGUAAUAAAGGAUGUAGUAUC